AUGCAAUUCAUCUCCUUCUGUCUCUUUACUAUUAUUUUUGGAUAUUCGUUGGUCAUUUCUGCCCCUGUCAAUCAUACAGUUCCUAUUACUGAUGAAGCCAAACAUCAAAAAGCAACUGAAAUUGCUAGUCGUCUUCUAAAAGAAAUUGCCGGUGAACAAACUGAAUCUCAUCAUUUAGUACAAUCGACAAGUAAUGAAGAAAAUAAAGAUACAAAUGUUGCUGAAACUCAUUCAAAAACCGAAAAAGUUGAACCAUUGAUUUCAACAUCCAAUGAUGAAAGCAGUGCUGAAGAUGAAAGUGAAGAACUUGAAUUAAUGCCAACAAUCGAUGAAGUAUAUGAAAUCUAUAAUAAUAAUAAUAACAAAUAUGCUCAAGUAUCGAAUGAUGAUGAUGAUGAAUCUUCAUCAGAAACUCUUGAUGAUGGUGAUUAUUUUCUUCCAAUUAGUCGAGAUCAAUUAGUGAGAUAUUUAGCCAAUGAAGACGAACAUGAUGAACAUUUAAUAUCAGCACUACAAACACAAAUAAUGGAUGAUCGUAUGAUGACAGCAGAAAAUCAUCAACAACAACGACGACGCCGUUCAGUGUACUAA